AAAUCUAUAAAACCAUAUGGUUAACUUUGAACGCAUUUCCACAUUUUUUAUAAUUUUGUCGCGUUCAUAAUUUUUUCUUGCUGUCAUCCCUCAAACGUUUCAGCCAGCGACAUUUUUCGUCGACUGGUGGUUAAUUUGGCUAAAGAAACGCCCUGAAAAAGCCGUAAAAAUGUUAGGACGUGCAGCACCGGGUGUCUGCCAAGUGUUGGCGGUGGCCAACCAGCAGCAGAACAGGAAUAUGGCCACCUUGAAAGCCAUUUCCAUCCGUCUGAAGUCUGUUAAGAACAUUCAGAAGAUUACCCAGUCCAUGAAGAUGGUGUCAGCCGCUAAGUACACUCGUGCUGAGCGUGAGCUGAAGGCCGCUCGCCCCUACGGUGAGGGAGCUGUCCAGUUCUACGAGAGGGCCGAGGUUGCGCCGCCUGCGGAUGAACCAAAAGAGCUGUACAUCGCCAUGACCUCCGACAGGGGUCUGUGCGGUGCUGUCCACACGGGUGUCUCCAAGGUGAUCCGCACCCGCCUGGCGGAGCCCGGUGCUGAGAACAUCAAGGUCAUCUGUGUGGGAGACAAGUCCCGCGCCAUCCUGCAGCGUCUGUACGGCAAGCAUAUCCUCAGUGUGUGCAAUGAGAUCGGUCGUCUCCCCCCUACUUUUAACGACGCGUGCAAGAUCGCGGGCGCCAUCUUGACGUCGGACUACGAGUUCGGCUCCGGCAAGAUCAUCUACAACAAGUUCCGCUCCGUCGUGUCCUACCAGCAGUCCAACCUGCCGCUCUUCAGCCAGAAGGCUGUUGAGAGCUCGCCUAAACUGGCGACCUACGAUUCUCUGGACGCCGACGUGAUCCAAUCUUACAUGGAGUUCUCCCUCGCCUCCAUGUUGUUCUACGCUCUGAAGGAAGGCGCCUGCUCCGAGCAGUCCUCCCGCAUGACGGCCAUGGACAACGCCUCCAAGAACGCCGGCGAGAUGAUCGACAAACUGACCUUGACCUUCAACAGGACCCGUCAAGCCGUCAUCACCAGGGAACUCAUUGAGAUCAUCUCUGGUGCCGCCGCCCUUGAAUAAAAACAUUCGGAGUCGUUUUGCUGAGAUAACACACGGUUUUGUAGUGAGUUUUUGUUUAUUUGCAGUGAAAUUCGUUUAUUAUAUGGAAAGAUGAUCCAAGUUAAUAGCUAGGUAAAAUAAAGGAAUUAUAAUUAACGAAUUUUAACUGUAAAAAAAAAAACUAAUUUUUGGGGCAUUUAUCCGAUCAUGUUUUUUGACAGCUUAUUUGGCGGGAAAUUUGAAUUUGACAGGCAUAAAAAAUGAUCUCAACAAAACGAUAGAACGAAUCUGAUCACAUAUUUAUUGUAUAACCGUUUCAACGUAUAUUUGCAAUAGUUUGUACGUACAGAGCCGACAUUCCCGACUGAGUGUUCUGUGUUUCGGCGGGAACUCACGCAAAUAUCGCUUCACUGGCUUCAACAUCUCUCGCUGGGAUGUGGGACACUCGCUCGAUCCAUUCUGGUGUAUUCGUGAAAUAUUGUUGUGUAAGGAUACAGUGUGGUGGUUAGCAAUAAAAUACUGUUUUAGAA